CGGCCAGCAGGGUGGGUUGCACCCCACACACACACCCACUCAACAGUCAAGUUGGUGUGAGAGGCCGCCAGCACAAAGAGCGGAGCUGGUGCCGGAGCUAGUGGUGACAGUGGGAGCGGUGCUGGCCCGGAGCGCAGCGUUGUACAGCAUUGUACAGCACAGUACAGCACAGCACAGCAUAGCCCAGCCCAGCCCAGCCCAGUACAGUACAGUACAGUACAGUACAGUACAGCCCAGCACAGCGAAUGAAUGCAACACCCGCGCCCCUCCAAGUCUUCCACCAACCCCGUGCAUGAAGCAAUGUAAGACUGUCGAUGCUGGGCAACACUUGGUGUUUGGAUAAUGGGCUGCGUGCAAUGCCGGGACAAGGAGACGAGUAAGGCCACGGUGGACGAGAGAGCGGCUUCCAUCCCCCAGAACGCCGGCUACCGCUAUGGGCUGGAGCAGUCGCCACACCACUACCCCAACUUCAGUGUGAGCGCCAUCCCCAACUACAACAGCUUCCACGGCACCAGCGGCCAGACCUUGACCAUCUUCGGAGGCGUCCACACCUCCACACACAUGGGCACACUGCGGUCACAUGGGGGUGGAUCACAGACCGUGGGGGUGACUCUGUUCGUGGCCCUGUACGACUAUGAUGCCCGGACCGACGAUGACCUCAGCUUCCACAAGGGGGAGAAGUUCCAGAUACUCAACAACACAGAGGGUGACUGGUGGGAGGCCAGGUCGCUGCAGACGGGAGGGACAGGAUACAUCCCCAGUAACUACGUGGCUCCCGUUGACUCCAUCCAGGCUGAAGAGUGGUACUUUGGCAAACUUGGCCGCAAGGAGGCGGAGCGGCAGCUCCUGUCCAUCUGUAACCCGCGGGGAACCUUCCUCAUCCGCGAGAGUGAGACCACCAAAGGUAAGGAGACGCAGGACACUGGACCCCACUUUAUUUCUAACACCAUGGCUCACUCGUGCCGCAAGCCAGCGCAGCUCAUCUUCAGAUCAAACAUCGGGGAACGAUGGAGGCUAUUUGAAAUCGACCACGAACACUAUAUCAACAUCGUCCAUCGUAAUGAACCAGAUUGUGCCAAGGCUUCUCUUCUACUAAACCUGGCGGGACCGGAGGCUCUGAUGAGAGCGCAGACCUUUCGACUUCGCGCCAGCCGUUCUUGA